CCACGGGGGCGAGUAGAGAUGACGUCAGUGGGCCAAAGGCUGCCUGUUGUGCCUUGUUGCCAGCAGCUGCUGCUGGAAGAGAAGGCCAAGAAGAACAAGAGAAAAACAAAGUCAAAGCCGACGGUUGUCUCUCGCGUGUGUUGUUAGCAAGCCGACUGGAAGUGUUCGUUGACGGGAGCCGUGAAGAUGCUCGCUGGCGGCUGACGGAGAGUUGGCCCCUUACAUAAGCGACAGCCUCGCCAAGACCACGAGCAGGAUAGCGGAUUGAGUCUUUGCAGUCCCAGCUGCGUGCCGCCGCCAUGAACGUGGGUACGGCGCACAGCGAGGUGAACCCCAACACCCGCGUGAUGAACAGCCGCGGCAUGUGGCUGUCAUACAUCCUGGGCAUUGGCCUGCUGCACGUCAUCCUGCUCAGCAUCCCCUUCGCCAGUGUGCCGGUGGUGUGGACCCUCACCAACCUCAUCCACAACCUGUGCAUGUACCUGCUCCUGCACACGGUCAAAGGCACGCCCUUCGAGACCCCCGACCAGGGCAAGGCCCGCCUCCUCACGCACUGGGAGCAGAUGGACUACGGCGUGCAGUUCACCGCGUCGCGCAAGUUCCUCACCAUCACGCCCAUCGUCCUGUACAUCCUCACCAGCUUUUACACAAAAUACGACCGGGUCCAUUUUGUGGUCAACACGGUGUCGCUGCUGACUGUGCUCAUUCCCAAACUUCCCCAGCUGCAUGGCGUGCGCCUCUUUGGCAUCAAUAAAUACUGAGCAGGCGGACCGCCAGGAGGAGGAGCUAGUGUUGUCAGGACUGCAGCGCCGCCGCCGCCGCCAGGACCCUCAGAGGAGGCAGGCUGUGAAUGUUUGUGACUUUUCCCCUUAAGGUUGGAGGCGUUUCAAAGGGUUUAGACGUUAGUUAGCAUGUUAGCAUACUUUUCUCCGGCGUGACUCUGCGAGGACUCCCACAAGAUGGUGAUGACCGAGGAAGGCAACACACCGGGACAGUCAGGGUUAUUCUUGUCCAACCGCUCCCAUUUUUGGACGCCUCUUGUCCUGCUUUUUGGGGCUGUGUGAUCCAGCGCGUGGAGGACGUUAGCAGAGUAGUUGAAGUAGAGGAGCUCCCAGCAUGCAUCAGUGUGCUCCACAGCGUGGCCGCCUUUGUAGCAUUUCAUGUCGAUAGUUGAUAUUUAUUCUAAUUAUUCUUCUCCUUGGUUUGGGCCCACGGACCAAACGUAGCUGCUGUCUGUGGCCAUCAAGGGUUUUCUUUCACGGAAGACUGGACUCUUCUCAAAGAAGGAACUUGUUAGCUAGCCAACACAUGUCAUGUGAUCUUCUUGUGUACAAAAAUACAAUAUUUUUCAAACUGA